AUGAUAGACGAGAGCUUUGUAAUCGCAAAAUACGAUUAUAAAGCUCAAGAAUCUCAUGAGUUGACAAUUAUACGAGGAGAAAAACUAAAACUAAUUGAUAAUUCACACAAUUGGUGGAAGGUAAGAAAAGUUACAUUUCACAUUUAUAUUUGGGACAUAUGUCGAAACUUAAAUGUAUGGCAUUCUGAAUAAUUCUAUCAUUUUUUUCAUCUAUAACACUUUUUAUUAUUUAUGAGUACUAAAAACUGUUAAAAAAGUCGAAGAACAUGUAAAAUAAAAUAGACGCAAAUAAAAAAAUUAAAUCAAAAUGCUUUUGUAAAUUCAAAGAUCAUAUAUUAUAUUAGCGAUGUAAACAUUAAAAAGCUACUUGUGCCGAUUUUUUUUCGAAAAUUUUUUUUCUGGGGCGGCCCAGAAGCGCCCGGCCCUGAUUGGGACUAUUAAUUUUUUUAACUUAACUCUUAAAUGUAUUUAUAGGUUCUCAAUUCGAGUGGAAACGACGGCUUUGUACCGUCAAAUUUUGUAAAACGUGAAAGUGUCUUAGAUAAGGUAGAGGGGAUUUUUAAGUCUUUUAAUGGACAGUCAUCUCUCCAAGCAGUAGAUACGGAAGAAGAUGUUGCACGUGUAAGUUGUUUUAUUAUUUAAAAACUUUUAUUUUUAAUUUAAUAGCAAGUGCAGUUGGCAGUGGUUGGGUUUUUGUUAUAAGCAACGUUAAACUUGGUUUGCGGAAAGCUUUUUCAGUGCUUGGCAACUGCGUAACCUAAAGGUUAAUCGAAAUGCUUAUUUUUUUACAAUUAAAAAUGUGUAGCUAUUUCCACGUAGUUUCUGCAACAAUAAAAUAUAAGUUAUAAAACCUUUUUCUUAAGCGAAAUAUUGGGGGAAAAUAACGCUCACUUACAAUGUAAGGCAGUAAUCGACAACGCUUUCUUAAUUCUCGUUUUUCUGUCUAAAAAUUGCAGCUUUCCAAAAAGUAACUUUUUUGUAACCAAAAAAAUAAUUUGAGUGGCAUUUUUCAAACCUUUGUUUAUCAAAAAUGGAAAAGCAUUGAUUAUAAUAACUAAACUUACUAACAUAAAAAAUAUAGUUUUUUCUUUUUUCGUUUUUUUCAAUACUAAAAAAAUAUAUCUAGCGAAAAAUUACGGGAAUUUAAUAAAAUUCAGAGAUAAUUCGAUGUGUUUGAAUUCUCGGGUGUAAUUCUCUGUCUUUUAAGCAUUCGAGCCGGCUUUUUUCUCGCAAAAACCGCUGAUAACAUGGAAACCUCCUUUAUUUUUAUUUUUACUUUCUCAUUGUUAUUUUCAAUGCAAAAUUUUUUAGAUAUUUUUCUUUGAUGAAAAAUUAUACAAUUACAAGUUAAAAUUUUGACUUCUUGAGUUUUUUUUGUAUAACCUGAAGUGUUUGAAACAAAAAAUGAAACAAAAUUUUUUAUUAUUUAAACUUAAGAAAAAGAUUAUUACGAGAUUUAAAUUCUUUUUGUGGUUUUCAGAAUUUUAACAUUUUUAAAAUAAGUAAUAAUUUUUAUUCAUUUAUAAGUUAAGCUUAAGCCUGUUUUUUGUUUCGAAGCAUUUGGCAUUACGUUACAAAAAGCGUUUUGACAUUUCGUACCAUUUUUUCAUUUUUUUAGAAAUUUUUUCAAGAAAACUUUUUCAAUGAUUUUUUACGUGUGUGGUAAAAAAUAAUUACAGUGAAAUAUGUUGAAAUUAUAUAUUUUUUAUUUUCUAAAUAGUUUUUAUCGUUUUUAUUGAAGGUAAAAAUGCGCAGUUGAAAAAUUAAACAUGAUAUUGUUCAUGUCUCUUUUGGUUUCACUUUAUAUGCCCGAAUAAUCAUUAAAAUUUUUAAUCUUUAUGCUGUUUCCGUUUUAGAAGCCGGUUUUUAUAAAUCAAAGACGCAAAUCAGGGCAGGUAUGUUUGUUUUGUAUUACGUUUGCUAUAGUGAAAAUACGUUGUACUUUCACAUUAUUGUCUUUAUUUAGGAAUUUACUGCUAUAUUAAGUAUUAAGACAAUUAAAAACUAGAAAAACUUGUAUAAUACGUCUUAUAUAAUAUUACGCUGUAAACACGUUUUUUUGAUUAUUUACUUUGGCAGAAUGUUUUACUUUGUGUUUAUCUUUUAAUAAUUUAUUUAUUUUAGAUGAAUGAAGUAUUGUCAUACGCUGUAGCUAAAUUCAACUAUGAUCCACAACGAGAAGACGAAUUAAAAAUUGGCAAAGGAGAUCAUCUGGUUGUUGUGGACAAAAGUUCGGACGGUUGGUGGAAAGGGAAGGCAAGUUUUAUUUUGUUUUUUUUUACUUUUUAGGUGUUUCACUACAUAAUUUUGUUACUUGAAGAAUUUGAUCAGUUUUUUUUAGUUAGCUCAAAACUCUAAAAAAACUUGGAGCGGAGUUUUUUUUUUAAUUUUACAAUUCUCAAAUCUUAUAAAGAAGCCUAAGCUGUAAACUUCAAAAACCGCAUUUUUGUUAUCAGUUUAACAAAGAAAGUGUUAAAAGGUUUCCCUAACGAGGCUAGCUAUACUAUAUUAUGGUAUAGCUUUAAAAAGUCUUGAUUGAGAAUUAGUAAAAAUUUACAAAAAGUAAAUGGUUUACACGCCGUGAGAUCCAAACCUGCGGCUGCAUCACCGAAGGAUAACUCUAUCCAUUCACGCUCUUUUUCUCGUUCGUUUCUCUUCAUCGCUGUUUUGGGAAACUUAUAGGAAAACAGUGCAAACUUUAAACUAUCAUACUCAUAAAUCGGUCAAAAAAAGUUUAGCAACUUUUGAAAACGGAUUUCGAAUCAAGACGUCCCCAGAAUUUUUCUGAGCUAUAUCAUAUGCGUUUUGACAAUUUCCCUGUAUGUUAAAAAUAUGACUUUAUUUAUUAUAUUUCUUUAUUUGAGGUUUUUUCAAAAAGAAUGGCCGAUUUUAACUUUAGGUUUUUUGCCAAAAUCUGUCAUUCUUUUUGGAACAACCUAAUAGUUUGUACAGAAGUUUAAGAGCAUAAAUAAAAGUUUGUUUAGAAAUGUUUUUAAAUUUAAAUUGCCGUUAUUUUUAUAUUUUAGUUGAAUGGGGAAGUUGGAUGGUUUCCUUCUAAUUAUGUAGAUGAAACUCAGGAUCCUCCAACGGCGGUUUACCCUGAGGUAAUUCAACCCGUACUUUCCGACGUUCCCAAUGGGUUCAAUCAACAGCUUAGUUAUGAAACGCAGCCAAAAUUUAAUACGGAUGUAUUUCAUUCGUCAGAAAGGAUUUUGGAGGUAAAUAAAAAGUAUUAUUAAUCUUUUGUUAAUUAACUUACAUUUUAUGAGGAUAUAUUGUAGGCAAAUUUUAAAUUUUUAUGUAAUGUAAAAAAUUAGUGGCUUAUAAGGAAUUUUUAAAUUUUCUUAUUUUUUAUUUAUUGUAGGUUACAUUAAAGGGUAUUAAAUUACCUGUACUAUUAUUUGGAUUCUAAUUAGGAAAAAACUUUAGAUUGUGGUGACUUUGUACAGUUUUGAAGCCCAAAACGCGGAGGAAUUGUCUUUCAAAAAAGGAGAGCGUUUAGACGUAGUAGAACAUCCAGCCCAUGAUCCGGAUUGGUACCGUGCAAGGAACGCCCGGGGGGAUGUCGGUUUGGUUCCUACAAAUUAUAUUGAGGUAUGUAGUUUUAUCUUUUUAAUUAUUUUAUAUUUUAUAAAUUUUCUGUAAAUGUGACGUUGUAGAUUGUUGAAAGGAAUCCAAAAAGCAGUGCGUUCGUAUCACCCCAUACAGCUUCAGCUCCAUCAACAAGUUCACGGCCUAACUACUCCAGUUCAUUGUCAGGGCCGUAUGCGUCGCAGCCAUGGUAUUAUGGUCCAUUAUCGCGCGAACAAAGCGAUAUUGAAUUAAAUUCGCGUGGCGUAGAAGGGGAUUUUUUGGUUCGAGACAGUGAAAGCAACGUAAGUCUCUGUUGUUCAGAUGUUUAUGUUUUAAUAUUUUUUUUAGUUUUACUAUUUUUUGUAGCAUUAUUCUAUCUAAGAAGCAUAUUGUUUUCUUUGCGCCUUUAAAAAAAACGGAUUUUUUAAGUUAAUUUUGUUUUAUGUAUAGUAUUUUGGUUUUCAGCCUGGUGACUACUCAAUAUCAGUGAAAGGAAACGGCCGCAACAAACACUUUUUAGUUCAAGUUACGUUGAAUCUUGGCCGCUUCAAGAUUGGUAAUCGUGAAUUCGCAUCGAUGCAAGCUCUUAUCCAACAUUAUAUGAAGUCACCGAUAUUUAGCAACGAGCAAACUGGUGAACGCCUUUACCUUGUCAAGCCAUUACCAAGAUAA